GGAGAGAGUCCGAUGAAGAUGGAGAGCGGCAGUGUUCACGCCACCUCGGCCCUGCUCUAUCUCCUUGUCGCCGCCGCCUUCCUCCUCCGCACUGCCCAUGCCAAAGUCCACUACUAUGAUUUCGUCCUGAGAGAGAAAAACUACACGAGGCUGUGCAGCACGAAGAGCAUGUUGGUGGUGAACGACAGCUUCCCGGGGCCAGUGAUUCGAGUCCAGAAAGGGGACACUGUGUUCGUGAAUGUGCACAACCAGGGCUACUAUGGGCUCACCAUCCAUUGGCACGGCGUGAAGCAGCCCAGGAAUCCAUGGUCGGAUGGUCCGGAAUACGUCACCCAAUGUCCAAUACAGCCAGGGACUAACUUCACGUACGAGGUCAUUUUCUCAAAGGAAGAAGGAACUCUCUGGUGGCACGCGCACAGCGAUUGGACCCGAUCAAGCGUCCACGGAGCCAUAGUGAUCUACCCUGGCGAUGGAACCUCCUAUCCUUAUACUGCACCCGAUGACGAAGAGAUCAUCGUUCUCGGAUCAUGGUACACGGCCGAUGUUAACCAAGAAGUCGCCGAGGACAUGGUAACCGGGGCAGACACUCCUCGUUCCGUUUCUUACGUGAUCAACGGUCAACCCGGCGAUUUUGCCAACUGCUCAAAAAAUUCGACGUACCGCAGGGUGGUCGAUUACGGCAAGACCUACCUCGUCCGCAUCGUGAACGCAGACAUGAACGCGGAACUCUUCCUCGCAAUCGCCGAGCACAACAUGACCGUGGUGGGAUUGGACGGCAAUUAUGUCAAGCCCGUGACGGUGGACUUCAUCGUGAUAAGCCCCGGGCAGACCAUGGACGUGCUGGUCACGAUGAACCAGGCCCCGGGCCACUAUUACCUUGCCAUCAGGCAGUACGACUCUGCCCGGCCGGACGUCACGGACUACGACAAAACCAAUGUCACUGCCAUUUUCAUGUACAGCGGCAACAACACUGCCCCGGCCAAUCCCGUCUUCCCUCAUAGCUUGCCCACGUACGAGGACUUCAUAGCGGCGGACAUAUUUUUGGGGAAGCUAAGGAGCCUGGCCAGCGCGGAGCACCCCGUAGACGUGCCGAUGAACGUGACCACGAAGAUGUACAUCACGGUCGAGAUGAAUCAGAUCCUCUGCCCGAACGCAUCGUGCGAAGGGAUUAACGGGAAUCGGCUCUCGUCAAGCUUGAACAACAUAAGUUUUCUGAACCCCUCAACUGAUGUACUUCUUGCCUACUACAGGAACUUGAGCGGAUACUACACCCUGGAUUUCCCCAACUGGCCCCCGACGAUGUUCAACUUCACGCAAUCGGAUCUGCCCUUCAACACAACGGUGCCGAUACAGGCGACCAAGGUGAAGAUGCUGGAGUACAACGAGGAAGUGGAGAUGACAUUCCAAGGCACCGAGGUGUUGAACGCGUCGGAAAACCAUCCGAUGCACCUCCACGGGUACAGUUUCUACGUCAUGGGGUCGGGCUACGGGAACUUCGACAACAACACCGACCCAUUGACGUAUAACUACGACGACCCGUUGGAAGUGAACACGAUCGGAGUACCCAAGAACGGAUGGGUUACCAUCAGAUUCAAAGCGAGCAACCCAGGAGUAUGGUUUUGGCAUUGCCAUUUGGAUCGACACCUGAGUUGGGGCAUGAGCACGGUGAUGAUAGUGAAGAAUGGCGGGACUCCGGAGACGAGCAUCCGGAGCCCUCCUCCUAACAUGCCGGCUUGCGAAGCCUCUUUCGCGACUUAUUUAGAGCCACUCGACGACCAAACGGAUCAGAACAGGCUCUUCGCCGAUUAAGUUUCUAACGCCUCUCUGCCCCGUGCAUCAGUAAUUACUAGAUCAUCUUGGUAGGCUGUGUACAUCGAGUGCUUGGUUGUUCUACGAUAGCCCGGUGACCCGGAAUUAGCGUUUCUCUGUGCUGAGAAUGAGGAUGCGAUUAUAAGAUCUUUAGUGUCGAAAGGGAUAGCGGACUCCCGCGUGAACGAAACAUCGAUUUCUCUGCCAGUUGAAUCGCUGGUUGGAUUGUCGUUGUGCAGUCACAUGGGGGGCGUUCAUCGGAUUUCUAAAUAAAGGCUGUUAUGCCCUAAUUCAUAUCA